GUUUGAAACUGCCAGGCUUUUGCUGCGGAAAAGAGGAGUGGCGGCUGCUCCUCAGUUUCUUUCUCCUCGCAGGCGCAGUUCACUCGUGGAAUUGUUCAGAUUAAGUCCUCUUGACAGACUGCCCUCUUCCUUAAUGUGCUGACCUACAACUCCUACCAUUCCCAGCAAUUACGGCUGGAAGUCAACACUUCUGGGAGGCAUCAGGCUGGGAAGGAUGAUUUCCUCAUCAAGUCAUCUUUUAUUACUAGAUGAAAUACUUUAAUGCGAGAUGUCAUCAUCUGAAGAGAAAAGCACAAGUCCUGUUUUACCAAAAGAUUCUGAUCGAGGCAGUUCUGUCUCUUCUGAUCUUCAGGAUGAAUAUGAAGAGCUGCUUCGUUAUGCUGUAGUUACCCCUAAAUUUGAGCCAAGUGCAUUACAACAGUCAGAUCACGUGGAGGUUCGUCAGAUAUCUGCAGGAAAGAGUCCGGUAAUGAAUGACUGCAGGCAUGAAAGUGCAGGAAUGAAAUGGAGGAAACAUGGAAGAGCUCCAGAUCUUGCAACAUCUAGUCGAACAACAAGAAUAGAAGUUUCAGCAUCAGUAAAGGAGUCAGCUCAUGUGGAUAUGGAAAGACUUUGCCCAGUCCGUUCAGAAGAAAGUUCUUCACCAGGGUCCUCAUCUAGUCAAAGAGAUCUUCAAGAGACAUAUGUAACUGACUUGAGCCUUUCAGAUGAAAGAGUGACCCAAAUAGAGAGCAUACUUGAUCUGUGGAGUGGCAGCCUUAAAACUAAUGUUUUGACUGAGCUGAGGAAAUGGAAACUUCAUUUUAUUGAACAUCAUACAUUAGAAAUGAGGCAAGAAAGAGAGAAACAUGCAGCCCAUGUGAGACAAUUGACUAAUCAGAUGGAAAACUUGAAGGAAUUGCUACAUACUUAUGAGAUUUCCAUAGGGAGAAAGGAUGAGGUAAUUGCAAAUCUAACACAUGCAAUUGAGAAACAAAAGGACAGGAUAGAAUUAAUGAAGAAAUUCACAAAAUGGCGACUUCAGCAUUUUGUAGGCAAACAAAAGGCCAGAGAAGAGGUAUACACAAACAGACUGGCUGAUCGGCUGUAUGAAAUAGGUUUGUUGAAGAAAGCCUGGGCAGUUUGGCGAUCCCACAUUCGUAAAAAAUGGAAAGAAACCAUGGAAAGGGCUGUUCAGUCAAGUGCGGAAUCUCUGCGUGCUGAAUUGUCCAAUGACUAUGAAACAAAAUUUCAAGCGUUAAAUGUCGCACUAGAGGAAACCAGAUCUGAACUUAUUGAAAUGCAGAACAAAAGACAAGAUUAUGAAGAUGCCAUGAAAAAGGCCUUCAUGCGUGGUGUCUGUGCACUGAAUCUGGAAGCAAUGACCAUAUUUCAGGGCAAAGACUUCAAAUUUGACCCUGUGGUUGAUCUAUCAGAAAAGAAAGCAGAACCUGGUGCUGGCACUGGUGGACCUACGGCAAAACUUUCUUCAUUUCAGUAUGAUCAACCUAUGCCAUCUACUUCCUCACUGCCGCCACCACCACCACCUCCUCAUUCUGUUCCAACUGCAGCUCCUAGUUCUACUCCUAAAGAUGAUCUGUUUUCUUCACACCAAGGCCAUGCAGUAACAUCUCAAACCAGAUUAGAUUCUGCUGCUGUAUUAACAACCUGUGGUGCUGCUAUAGGAUCAGGCACAACGUCUAUUUCAAAACUGCCCAUGACUAGGGUGGUGACAUCAGCUCAACAGAAGGCUGGAAGGACAGUCACUGCUAAAAUCACUGGUCGUCCAGAUUUUGCAACAAAGAAUCGUAUUUGCAGUAACUUAGAUGUGUUGGGUGUUUCGCCCCCCAUGAAUUCUGUUGUGGUGGAGAAACAUCAUCCCAUCACUCAGCAAACUAUAUCUCAAGCUACUGCUGCUAAAUAUCCUCGAACUCUGCACCAGUUUUCUAGUGCUAUCAGCAUAAGACAUCUAGGACACAAUGGGAAAACUCAUACCGAGGCUCACAGCAACAUCCAGUCAAUAAAGGUAGUGGAGUAGGUUCGCAGGUUAAAAUGCUUGUAUUUUAUUUUAAGUGUGUGGAGAAAAUUUUCCAAGUUAUAGUUUAAAAUGCUCCCUAGUGUUUGCAGAUUAAUGGAAUAAUAACCCAAGGAUGCAUCAUGUUUUUCCUCUCAGUAAUGUAGAUGUAAAGAUAUUCUGAAGCAUAAAAAAUACGCCACCCAAGUUGGCACAAUGUAGUUCUGUAUAACUGCAAAUAAGGUAUACUUGAAAUUUUUACUUUCUUAAACUUAUUAAAUAUGCUUAUUUAAUGUUUUUAAUAAAAAGGAAGUAUUG